UUUGUGAAACACUAAAAUAUUGUGCAUGCUUUGUCGGCCAUCCCAGCCUCACUAUCUCUCUCUCUCGAUCUCAUUCAUAUCAUCCUUGUCAUUCACACAAAGUGGAAUCAUGCAAAUCAUUUUGCAGGGGACCAAAUGAAUACAUGGCUUUUUUUAGUUCUUUAGGAUCAUCAUUAUUCUUAAGAAAGGUGGCAAUUCAGAGGAAGGAGAAGCUCACCAUUUUCAAUGCACCAUUCUGUGCAAUCAAAACCCAAUGAUUUUUCCCAGUAAAUUUUCUUUUUCUGGGAAACUGAAGUAUAUUUCUUGUUGGUUCCUAGAGAACUGGUUGGCUCUCUUUGAUGGCUUCUUUUUGUUUUCCAUUCUUGGUCAUCAACUUGAGGUAUGUAAAAUAAUUGCUUCCUCGUGUAGUUUGGCAUGCUUGUAUCUUUCUGAGGCUUUGCUUUGUCCUUGUCCAUGUUUCUUUGCGCCCUUGAACUGUAAAUUUUCACCAAAAGUUAUUUGGACAUCUGCAUGGGAAGUUUUCUCUUCAGCCGGUGAUGUUUUGAGUGCUAGAACUAGGGUUAUUGUUUUCAAUUUCGCUUGAUCUUCAUGGCGAAGAUAUCAGUGGGUUUGCUAAUUACUGUAGUUGCUCUUGUUACUGCCCUGAUGGUUUAUGAAUCUGAGGGGCUUAAUGAUCAGUGUCAAUACCUUCUAGAAAUAAAGAGUAGAAUUGUUGACGGAUUUGGCCAUCUUAGUAGUUGGAAUUCCAAUGAUUCAACACCUUGUGGAUGGAGGGGAGUGGAUUGUAGCGAAGGAUUGUAUCCGGUGGUCUUGUCUCUUGACUUGAGUUCCAUGAAUCUUUCGGGUUCUUUAUCUCCAAGCAUUGGUAGAAUGAUUCACCUGAAUUAUCUUGACCUUUCGUUCAAUGAAAUGUCUGGGAGUAUACCUGAAGACAUUGGGAAUUGUUCCUAUUUGCAGGUUCUUAGUUUAAAUAACAAUAAGUUUGAAGGUCAAAUUCCCACAGGAUUGGGUAGACUUUCUUAUUUAGAAGUCUUGAAUGUGUGCAAUAAUAGAAUAUCAGGGCCUUUCCCAGAAGAAGUUGGAAAUCUUUCUUCUCUGUCGCAAUUGAUUGCAUACACUAAUAAUCUUAGUGGACCACUGCCGCGUUCUAUCGGCAACCUCAAAAGAUUGAAGACUUUCCGGGCAGGGGAGAAUUCAAUAUCAGGAAGCUUACCUUCCGAGAUUGGUGAAUGUGAAAGCUUGAACUAUCUUGGUCUAGCUCAAAAUCAGUUAAGCGGAGGAAUUCCGAAAGAGAUUGGAAUGCUCGAGAAUUUGAGUGUUUUAAUUCUUUGGGAAAAUCUGCUUUCUGGUGUCAUUCCAAAGGAGCUUGGCAACUGUACAAAUUUGUAUACUCUGGCCCUCUACAAGAACAAGCUUGAAGGAGAGAUACCAAAGGAGCUUGGGAGUCUUGUAUUUCUAGAGAAGCUAUAUGUGUACAGAAAUAUGCUGAAUGGGACAGUUCCAAGAGAGAUUGGUAAUCUUUCUCUUGCUACGGAGAUUGAUUUUUCUGAGAACUUGUUGUCCGGAGAGAUACCAGUUGAGCUCAGUAAGAUAUCGGGUUUGCAAUUGCUUUAUCUUUUCGAAAACCAUCUCACAGGUGUUAUUCCAGAGGAGCUCACAAGCUUGACAAACCUGACAAAGCUCGACCUGUCUAUAAAUUUUCUCACUGGUUCAAUUCCAACUGGAUUUCAAUACAUGAAUGAGCUGAUCAUGCUACAGUUGUUUAACAAUAGGUUGAGUGACAUAAUUCCUCAAGGACUUGGGGUGUACAGCCCACUUUGGGUGGUUGACUUAUCUGAGAACUUCCUGACAGGAAGAAUUCCCCGUCAUGUCUGCAGAAAUUCUAAUCUGAUUUUGUUAAACUUGGGGUCUAACAGGCUCACCGGUAAUAUCCCAACUGGGGUCACAAGCUGCAAGUCAUUGGCGCAGCUCCGUCUGGUGGGAAACAACCUUACAGGGACUCUUCCAACUGAAAUGUGCAAAUUGGUUAACCUUUCUGCAGUUGAGUUGGAUCAAAACAAGUUCAGCGGUGCGAUUCCUCCAGCAAUUGGUAGCUGCAGAACUUUGCAGAGACUACUACUUGCAGACAACUACUUCACAUCUGAGUUGCCAAGAGAGAUUGGUGAGCUCUCGCAGUUGGUGAUCUUCAAUAUCUCAUCGAAUUUACUUUCUGGCAGGAUACCACCUGAAAUUUUCAAUUGUAAAAUGCUUCAACGGCUUGAUCUGAGUAGCAACAACUUUUCGGAUGUCUUGCCAAGUGAGAUAGGAGCACUUUCUCAGUUGGAGCUUCUCAAGCUCUCCGAUAAUCAUCUUUCGGGGGAUAUCCCAGUUGCACUGGGAAAUCUCUUGCAUUUGACUGAGCUACAAAUGGGUGGCAACUCAUUCUCUGGGGGUAUACCAGCUGAGUUGGGUGCCCUUUCAAGCCUCCAGAUUGGAUUAAAUCUCAGUUAUAACAAUAUUUCUGGGGAGAUACCUCCUCAACUUGGAAAUCUUAUAUUACUGGAACUGCUUCUACUCGAUAACAACCAUUUGACUGGUGGAAUUCCAGGUUCUUUUGACAACCUGUCAAGUUUACUUGGCUGCAACUUUUCAUACAAUGACUUGAUAGGGCCUAUUCCUUCUCUACCACUCUUUCAGAGUAUGGAUGUUAGCAGCUUUGUUGGGAAUAAAAGACUUUGCGGUGGCCCUCUUGGUGCUUGUGAAACACCAUCUUCACUCUCUUUUCCUCCAAAUGUGGCAAACAAAAGAACCCGCUUAGGGAAGAUUGUUGCUAUUGUUGCGGCAGCCAUUGGUGGUGUUUCUCUUAUCUUAAUCGUAAUCAUUAUAUAUGUGAUGAGACGUCCUGUAGACAAUGUAGUAACUUCUGCGCAAGAAAAACCACUCUCUUCUCCAGUUUUAGAUGUGUACUUUUCGCCAAAGGCAGGAUUCACUUUUCAAGACUUGGUUAUGGCGACUGAAAACUUUGACGAGAGAUUUGCAAUUGGAAGGGGAGCUUCUGGAACUGUGUAUAAAGCCGUCUUGUUUCACGGUCACACAGUUGCUGUCAAGAAGGUAGUAUCCAACAGGGAAGGAAACAAUGUGGAUAGUAGCUUUCAUGCAGAGAUUCUAACUUUAGGAAAUAUCAGGCAUCGAAAUAUUGUGAAGCUGUAUGGUUUCUGCUACCACCAGGGUUCCAAUCUUCUGCUUUAUGAGUACAUGGAAAGGGGCAGCUUAGGAGAAUUACUUCAUGGAAAAUCUUGUAAUCUUGAUUGGCAAACGAGGUUCAAUAUUGCUCUUGGGGCUGCCCAGGGUCUCUCUUAUCUGCAUCAUGAUUGCAAACCUCGGAUCUUUCACCGUGAUAUAAAGUCCAACAACAUUCUCCUCGAUGAAAUGUUUGAAGCUCAUGUUGGAGAUUUUGGGUUAGCAAAGGUGAUUGACAUGCCCUAUUCGAAGUCAAUGUCUGCAGUAGCAGGUUCUUAUGGAUACAUAGCCCCUGAGUAUGCAUACACUAUGAAAGUCACAGAAAAAUGUGACAUCUACAGCUAUGGAGUGGUCCUUCUGGAGUUGCUGACUGGUAAAACACCAGUACAAUCAUUAGACGAAGGCGGCGACCUGGUAACUUGGGUUAGAACAUACUUUCUCAACAAUUCAUUGUCAUCAGAAGUACUCGAUGCUCGAUUGAAUUUACAAGAUGAAGAUGAAGCUGAAGCUGCUGCUACUGUCUCUCACAUGAUUACUGUCUUGAAAAUUGCUUUGUUGUGCACAAGCAUGUCUCCUUUUGAACGCCCGACCAUGAGAGAAGUUGUUUCCAUGCUUCUUGGGUCGAAUGAGAAAGAAACAGUACAGUUUGCUAAUGAGUCCCCAAGUGAUGAUACUGAUACGAAUUCGACUUCUAAGAUGUACUGAACCUUGAUGUUCUAAUAUCUAAAUGUGUAGUGAUUUUGAUCAGCAGGUAUAUCCAUCCUUGUAUUAUUUGAACGAGUAUAGAAAACUUCCAUUAA